ACAGUUUAUGGGGGCGGGGGUGUCACGUGUGCGCACGAAGUUCCUGUUUACAUGUAGCUACAGCGAUGUACCCGACCGUUCAACCCUAGCUCUGCUAAUCACCGUUAUUGUGGAAAAAAAACACAACACAUUGUUAAAUAAUAACAGGAUACAGUCUCUCACUCUUCAUAACAAGUGACUACCUGUUUUCGCUGGGACUACUUCUAAAAACUCCUGAGGUAACCUUUGUAUACACGAGCAGGCCGGGAUGCCUCGAGCUUUCCAGAGUCGCUCUCUCGGUUCCGUUUGACGUUUUGAUACAGUGGUAAUGCAGCGGAUACUUGAUAGCAAACCAGGUGGGAUUUUGACUAUUUUUUUUUUUAAUUCAAAGAAGCACUUAAACGUGGGGCGUGACAAUUGAAUUUCACGUUUAAUGUUAUUUCCUCAGAAACGGAAACUUGCCUCGCUAGGAAUUUAACCCGACCAGCUCAACAGUUCCUGCCUCCUCCAGAUUGACUAGGUCGGUGUGUGGGUCUAAUUCUCCGGGGCCCUGAAUCCGGCCGGGUUUCCCUGCUCCGGCCCAGUAAAGCGGGCGGUAAGGAAGAAGUUUUCGAGGAAGGGAUGGCCCGGUGGGUCUGUCCGAACCCAGGGUACUGCAGUUUUUGAGGGAGGCCGUGUCCGCAUAGAGCCGGCCCGAGUGGUCCCGGCUGCCAUGGCCUCCUCCUCGUCCCUUUUCUCGGACGGGCUGACAGCCUCUGGAACAACAAGCAAAAAGAAUGAGGAGAUUGCAGAGCUGAUAGACUGUUUCUCAAAAAUACAGUACCGAGCUAAAGAAACGAACUCAAAGGUGGAGCGCAUUGAGAAUCGGUAUUUAGAGUUGUUUGGCAAGGAUUACAAAUACAGUAUAAUUCACAAUGCAAAUGGAGAGGUGUGUGGGCAUUACCCUCGGAAGAUCGUCUUUUUGGAGUAUGAGAGCUCUGACCAUGACAAAAGGUUUGAGAGCACUGUGCAAGUUACUAAACUCCAGGACUUGGUGAAUCGCAGUAAAAUGGCUAGGUGUCGAGGGAGGUUCGUCUGCCCAGUUAUCCUCUAUAACGGCAAGCACAUCUGCCGUUCUUCCACGUUGGCAGGAUGGGGAGAAUUGUAUGGACGAACCGGUUACAACUACAUCUUCUCAGGGGGCUUGGAGGAUGCGGGGGCCGUGUCGGGUGACGUGCCUCAGGAGGAUGAUGAUGAUGCAGUGCGAAACAGGGAUUCUCAGCUGUUUGACAAAGUCAGAGGUCAUGACAUCAAACUGCUCCGAUACCUGUCUGUCCGAUACAUCUGUGACCUGAUGGUGGAAAACAAGAAAGUGAAGUUUGGCCUGAAUGUAACUUCCUCUGAGAAGGUGGACAAGGCCCAGCGCUAUGCAGACUUCACCCUCCUUUCUGUUCCAUAUCCAGGCUGUGAAUUCUUUAAGGACUACAAAGACAGAGAUUACACUGCAGAGGGUCUGGUCUUCAACUGGAACCAGGACUUUGUGGAUGCCCCCCUAACAAUACCAGAAUCCCUUAGCAAGAACUUGAAUAUCAACUGGAGAGAAUACCAGUCAUGGGACCUGGUGAAGCAGACACAGAAUUAUCUAAAGCUGCUAAUUCAUAUUAUCAACAUUGACGAUAAAAGUGGUUUGCUAGUGCACUGCAUAUCUGGCUGGGAUCGGACGCCUCUGUUUGUUUCGCUCCUGAGACUCUCACUUUGGGCAGAUGGUGUGAUCCAUGCCACUUUGGAGCCAGCAGAAAUACUGUACUUGACUAUUGCCUAUGAUUGGUUCCUCUUCGGUCACAUGCUCCCCGAUAGACUGAGCAAAGGAGAGGAGAUAUUCUUUUUCUGCUUCAAUUUUUUGAAGCACAUCACCUCAGAGAAAUUCUCGGCUGUGAAAAAACAGAGGCGGAAAAACUCCCACUUCAGAGAUACUGAUUUCACAGUAGAAGAUAUCUGCCAGUUAAAGCGGAAAGACCGGGGCAGCGCCACCAGCCUGAGUAGUGACUUCUCCCUGAUCCAGGAAGACUCGCCAGCCGCAAUGGGCAGCUUUAACUACGAAGGAGUGGAGCUGAUAUCAGCAGGGCCUCAGGCACAGGCUGCCUGGAGGAAAGGAAGGACAUCAUCUCCACAGAAUGUGUUGUGGAGUAAACACCACCCACUAGAAGAUAAGCCCUUGUAUCCAGGAGUGGCAGAGGCCAAGUCCUCCAGCUCUUCCUCUUCGAACCAAUCUGAAAACAACUUCAUGAGGCCAGGGAGCAACCCAUUGCCAGUGCCGGGGAGUAACCCGUUGGCUGUGCCAGGGGGAAGAUCUGCCGGCGAGUAUGCACGCUCCGGUUCUUCAGUCUCCACCAAUUACGGCAGCUGGCAGAUUGUGUCAGGCUGUGGCAGCAUUAACGACCAGGGUAGCCUGACUACUGAAUCUCCCCUACCCUUCAGCUUUCAGGAUGAGGGCGCCAACGGCAGGAUGUGCCCACCAGUCCUGGAGCGGCAGGCCAGAUUGGAGAUGGUGCGGGAGGUGUUCCUUUCUGCCUACAGUGCCACUGUGGGGCUGAAAUCGUCAGCCAGCCCCUCUGGAGCCAUCACCGGUCUUCUGGAGCAGUUUGCACGUGGAGUGGGACUGAGGGGAACCAACAUGAUAGUCUGACACCCAGUGGUGUUUUCUGAUACAAGGAAACAAAAGCAAGGGCAUGACUGAUCACACACACACAAAAUGGUGCCAAACAUGGCUUUUAUUAUGCAGGGGCUACUGUAGUAUUAUUUUUGUUUUCUUUUCUUUUACUAUGGGAAACCUGCUAAAAGUGAUGUUGCCCAAUUUAUAAUUUGUAUAUUUUCAAGAUCAGUGUUUGGUCUCUUCACUACCAUGGGUUUUAAAAAGGCUUAACUAGUUAACUUUUUUUUUGUAAAACACAGACAAAUUACAGGACGUUUAACUUAUAAGAGAUGUGCGGUUAUAAUAAGAACAACGUUGCUUCCAUUCUGUAGUUAUCCUGGAGUUUUUUUGAAGAGACAUUAUGGGGGGGUGUUUUAGUGAUCUAAACAAUGGCUUAUCUAAAUACUGCCACCCUUAAGCUUGUAAGCCAGUUUUAAUGGGUCAGUACAUCACACCUUUACAGACGUAAAUGCCUACUUGCUGGUGUAAGUUUGUUGUUUGUCAAACAGACGGUGUGAAAUCUGUACACAGCAGAGGGGAAUGUGUAGUAUCGGUAAAUCAUUGGUUGCUCAAUUGUAAUUCACAGUACUAACUGUAGAGGUAUAAAAGGCUUUAAUAUCGAAAAGUGUUUGCCUUAUAAGUUGUUGAUUUUAAAGUUCACUUGCCUUAAGUUGAGGGGCCCUACGCUGCUGCAGGCGUUGUUUGGAAGAGAUAUAAGCAUUACAUCUGUGGUUGUGGAUCUCACAGCACAUUUACGGUAUAGAACUGAAAAAGUUAUAGAAACAUGUCUGCUAUUAAGUAAUUAGCAAGUUUUAUAUGGUGACUUCUAAAUUCACUGAGCAAUUAGAAUGUUAGGUUACUGUCCUUUGUGUUUGCUCAGUUUAAAAACAAUGAACUGUUGAAUAAAAAAACCUCGAAGGCUGUAGCAUUCCACAGCAGCACUGAAUUUAUCUGUCAGCUUUGGGAUAUUAUUUAAUCUCAAAACCACUGUAUCAAAUGCCAAAUAUCUGUUCAAAUAAAACCCCAUGGGAGUGAAAUGAAGAGCUAAAUAGGUCUAAAACAUACUGAACAAUUUUAUUGCAACUGAAAUAGUUAAUGUGUAGAUGUUGUCAUUACACAUACCUUACAGGGACAAGAAACCUAAAGAUCCCGAGCAGGACCCUGGGCUGAUCUAUUCACCCACUUUUUUUUAUGUAAUCAUCACCUUUUGUAUUGGCUGUAGGUGUGAUGGAGCUCAAGGUAUUUUGGAGGCAAUUUGGAACAAUUGCUUUAAAAUGACUCAAACCAACAAAAAAUGCUCAACAAUUUUAUUUGGCAUAAAGUUGGGUACACAGUUUUGAAGCUCUGCUUGUUUCCUGCAACUAACUUGCAUAGGAGUGAACUCUGGCAGUUUUUAGUGAGCAUUUGUGCAGCUGAUUACAACAAGGCUCUAAUUUUGAGCUGUCAGCUGAACUUGUAUGUGUUAGGACAAAUUGCGUAGGUUGCCAGGUGGUAGAUGUAUUGACAGUGCAGUUGCAUUACAUCAGUAACCCAGUUGUAGACCCAACAAAUGAGCAAUAUUGACUGUCACACAUGGCCAACUUCAAUUAUAAUCUAAAUUAUUGAGCGUCAGGGUUAAGGUGAAUUGAAUUUACUUUAUAACUGAAUUUACUUUAUAACUUUAUAACUUUAUAAAAGUAUGUGCACACACCACCCUAAACUACUUAUGUAUGUUUUCUGCCCCUACAAAAAAAUAAAAAUAAAAUUGGGAAUUAAUUUUCUUUUUCAAAAUUCAAAAUGUUUUGUUUUGCUAUGAUUGUUUAUUACUGUAAACACACUGUCAUGUUUAAUCAAACAGCUACUACAGCUGCACACACACAUGGUUGUUUAAAAAUUAUAUUUAUGUCUCUAACUGUCAAGAAAAUGGCACCUUUUUACCUUGUACAGAUACUGUUUUUUAAUUAAUUUUAUUAUAAUGGUUACUGGAGAAGGUGGAUUUGCAGAUUGGGGGUAAAAUAAAAGUACAUAAAAUUG